AUGCGGUCUACCGACGAAGAAUCAGAGAAAAGUCUCGUCACCAGCUCUCCUCCCUUAAACGAUGUCUGCCCAACAGCAGAAACCAAAUCAAAUUCGACCGCAGCUAUGCUCCGUCUAUCCUUAUGGGUAUCUUUUGCAGCAUGGAUCGCCAACUUUGACAACGGCUACACCGGCACUAUCUUGAUCAUGCCAUCCUACCGAAAAGCCUUUGGGACAUGUCGCGAGAUCUUGAAUCCAACCACAGGCCAAAUCAGUGAGCACUGCUCAAUAACACCCCUCCAACAAUCUCUCAUCAGCCUGAACUACAUGUUCAUUGGACUCGGAGGUGGUCUGUCAGCCCUGACAGGCAGAUAUACCGGCCGCCGUGGUGCGAUCCAAAUCGGAUGUGGACUUGCAAUCAUCGGAGCAGCUGGAAUGUUGGGCACUGGCAAUGGUUCACCGAAAACCUUCUUACACUACAUGGUGAGCAAAUGCAUCAGUGCCAUUGGCAUUGGACAACUCAUCUCUGCAUCCCUAGCCUACGGCUCCGAGUGCAUCGUUGCCAGCAAGCGCGGCCUCGCGCUGGGACUAUACAACGUCGGCCUGGCACUGGGCAACCUUGCCUCAGCUGCUGUCUGUGCAGGAUCCGCACGUCUCGAACCGGGCAAUAAUUGGCAAUGGAAAACGCCUAUCCUAGCACAGAUCCCGCUGGGAAUUCUUCUCGGCGCGGGCAUCCUGAUGUUCCCCGAGUCACCGCGAUGGAUCCUGAAUAACGACGAAAACAGGGAAGAAGAAGCCCGCAGGGCAUUCAGUAUCUUGUAUCGCAUUCCUGCUGAUUCACUCGAGAUCACUGCCCAGAUUGAGGAUGUCAAGGCGCAUAUCAAGGCUGACCGAGUCAAUGCUGCCGCUUCAUCUUGGUACGAGAUUUACACGAGAAAUCAUUUCCGGCGGACGUGGACUUCGGCGUUGAUUAUGAUCGGGCUUUCGAUUACCGGGAUUCAAUUUGUUCAGCCGUAUGCGACGACAUUCCUCAAGGGUGUCGGUAUCAGUGAUCCCUAUCUCAUCAAUGUGAUCAUCGGUCUUUGCAUUCUCGGUGGAUCAGGAUUUGGUCCCUUUAUAGUGGAGUAUGGAGGGCGUCGAUUUGCUGUUCUCACUGGGUACAGCGCUAUGGCUGUUUGCAUGUUGGUCCUGUCUUCGGUCAGCACUGCACUCGGAGCAGAUGAAGUCUCGAAGAUUGUCGUUGUCGUUUUGCUUUGCUUAUGGUCGUUCGUAUUCGGAGGAACUAUUGCGCCGAGUGCAGGUCUUGCAUCCGUGGAGAUGCACAGCGUAAGGCUUCGAACGUAUGGACAGGCGCACACAACCGUCCUCUACGGCAUCUUCUCUUUCGGUGCAACUUUCUGGACCCCGUACAUGUUGGACGCAGACCAUGGGAACAUGGGUCCCAACGUGGGAUAUUUCUACGCGGCCGUGACAGUGGUUAUUGGAGUGCUGGUCUGGUUCUUGGUGCCCGAGACUGCUAGUUUGACUCUGGAGCAGAUUGAUGAUGUCUUCAACUCGGGCAUCCGGCCCUGGAAGACUUCCAUGACAGCGAACAGAGCCAUGGCCCGGGCAAAGGCUCAGCAAUUAGCGGCGGAGUAG